AUGGUUCUUCAAGAUCUCGGCCGGCGCAUCAGCACGGCCUUGCACGAUGUCACUCGUGCGCCCAAUCUGGACGAGAAGGCGUUCAAGGCCAUGCUCAACGAGAUAUCCCACGCCCUCCUCGAAGCCGACGUCAAUGUGCGCCUAGUCAGCAAGCUGUCCAACUCGAUAAAAAACCAAGUCAACUUCAAGGAUCUGCCCCCGGCCGUCAACAAGAAACGCCUGAUUCAGAAAGCCGUCUUCGACGAACUCGUCAAGCUCGUUGACCCUCACGCCGAACCGUUCAAACCCAAGAAGGGCAAGUCAAAUGUCAUCAUGUUCGUUGGUCUGCAGGGUGCCGGUAAGACGACGACGUGUACAAAGCUGGCUCGCCACUACCAGGCCAGGGGCUUCCGCGCUUGCCUGGUGUGCGCCGAUACUUUCCGUGCUGGUGCCUUCGAUCAGUUGAAGCAGAACGCUGUGAAGGCCAAGAUCCCCUACUAUGGUUCCCUGACGGAGACGGAUCCGGCCGUUGUGGCUAGGGAGGGUGUCGAGAAGUUCAAGAAGGAGCGCUUCGAGGUCAUUAUUGUCGAUACGUCCGGAAGACAUCGACAGGAGUCCGCCUUGUUCCAGGAGAUGACAGAUAUCCAGGCCGCCAUCAAGCCUGACGAGACUAUCAUGGUUCUCGACUCCUCGAUAGGUCAACAAGCAGAGUCACAGGCCAAGGCUUUCAAGGAGGCCGCCGACUUCGGUGCCAUCAUCAUCACGAAAACGGAUGGCCAUGCCAGUGGUGGUGGUGCCAUCUCCGCUGUCGCUGCCACACACACCCCUAUUGUGUUUAUCGGAACUGGAGAGCACAUGCUAGACUUUGAACGAUUUGCGCCACAGCAAUUUGUCAACAAGCUGCUGGGCAUGGGUGAUAUGGCCGGGUUGGUGGAGCAUGUACAAUCACUCAAAUUGGACCAGAAGGACACCAUCAAGCACAUAGCAGAGGGUAUCUUCACCAUAAGAGACCUGCGUGACCAACUCGGGAACAUCAUGAAGAUGGGCCCGUUAUCCAAGAUAUCAGGUAUGAUUCCAGGUAUGGCCAACAUGCCCGGUAUGGAUCAGAUGGACAACGAGGAGUCUAGUGCCAAACUCAAGCGGAUGAUCUACAUCUGCGACAGCAUGACCGAGAAGGAACUCGACAGUGACGGCAAGAUGUUCGUCGAAAACCCGACUCGGGUGGUGCGUGUUGCACGCGGCAGCGGCGCCAGUGUUCGUGAGGUCGAGGAGCUCCUUACUCAACAGCGCAUGAUGGCUGGUAUGGCCAAGAAGAUGGGCGGAAACAUGAAGAACAUGCAGCGCGCCCAACAAGCCAUGGGAGGUGGUAACAAGGCACAACAGAUGGCCGCCAUGCAGAAGAGGUUACAAAGCAUGGGUGGUGCCGGCGGAGGUGGCAUGCCUGACAUGGCCAGUCUAGCCAAGAUGUUCGGCGGAGGUGGCGGCGCCGGUGGCGGUAUGCCCGGCGGCAUGGACAUCCAGAGCAUGAUGAAGAGCAUGGGUAUGGGUGGCAUGAUGGGUGGUGGAGGAGGUAGGGGCGGUAGAAGGUGA